CAUCAAAUGAAUUUAGGUUUAAAGAAUUGAAUUGAAACAUAUUCAGAGACUUAAAACUAGAAAAUGUUGUAUUAGAUUCAGAAAGUCACACUCUAUUAAGAGAUUUUGGUUAUCCAAAAAGGGAGUCUCAGAGGAAGAAUUAAAUAAUAUAUUUUUGGUCCCCUUCAUACUUGCUACCAAAAGAUAUUAUCUAAAUAAGAACACAGCAGAAUGGCAGAUUGGUUUGGAUAAGGAGUAAUGACAUACGAAUUAUUGGUUGCCAUGACAAUAUCAGAAGAGGACCAUUAAAAAUAUCUAGAAGGGUAUCUACUGAGGCAAAAUCAUUUAUUGUAGCUGUUGAUUACUGUUUAUAUUGAAGCUUCUAAAUAGAGAUUCGAAUAAGAGAUUAGGAGCUAAUUUAGAUGCAGAAGAAAUUCGAAAACAUCCUUGGUGAGUUAACAUUAGUUGGAAAGAUUGUUAUGAUAGAAAAUUGAAACCAUAUAAUAACAGGA